ACCAGUGUGCGAGCAAGAGUGCGUCUGUAACUUUUUGUGUGUGUGUGUUGUGCAGUUCUUGUCAUACUUGCUGACUUGAAUAUUUCCAAGGCUGAGCCGCUCGGUGCUGGGCUGUUUUGUGUGCGUUCCUUUGGGUCCAGGCUCGACAAACAAACUAAGAGGUGAGAAGCACUGAAACAAGGAAACAAGAAGCAACCAGCGACACGGAAGCCCAUCUUGGCAUUCAUCAACCAGUAAAAGAGGGGGGCAGCCAUGUUGAUCAUCUUACUCCUCAUCAUCCUAUUCCACGUGGCUGCGGCCGUCCUGCUCUUUGUUGCAACCAUACACAACGCAUGGUGGGUGGUGUCUCCGCCCGGACAGGAUGUGAUCUACUCGGAUUUGUGGUACUCCUGCAAUGCCACCUGCUACCCCGUGGAGAAGAGCCAUACGCCUGAUGCAGCCUACCUGCAGACAGUCCAGGCCACCAUGAUCCUGGCCACCAUUUUAUGCUGCAUCAGCUUCUUCGUCUUCAUUCUUCAGCUCUUCAGGCUCAAGCAAGGAGAGAGAUUCAUCUUCACCGCGAUUAUUCAGAUAUUGGCCUCUCUGUGCGUGAUGAUCGCGGCGUCCAUUUACACGGCUGAGAACAAGUCCUUCCACGUGACCAGCCUCCACGACGGCUCUUAUGGAUCCUCUUAUAUUUUGGCUUGGGUCAGCUUCCCAAUGACUCUAAUCAGUGGCGUCAUGUACCUGGUGCUCAGGAAACGCAAGUAGGCGUCACCGUGUCGACACCCCCCCACCCCCGGGGGCGUACGUACCACUUGGAUGUAGGUUAUCAAGGAAAAGAAUUGUGCAGUAUGUUCACGUUGCAGUAUCACUACCAUAAUCUCAAGCAUCCUGUGUCACUUUGAUGGCCACAGCCUCCAUUGCAAAAAAAAAAAGUACAAUGAAUCUCACUGAGUGGAUUUGUAGCUACUAAAACAUUGUUCAGGAUACAUUUUAUUGUAUGAACUGCUGUGUCAAUUUGCAAUUCAGGUUUGGCAAGUGUCAUCUGAUUUCCCCAGCUAGAUAUAUUGCUCCGCCAAAGGCCAAUUUGCAUAAAAUCUAGGUGAACAUCCACUCCAUGAGCUGCUCUACACGGCUAUGAAAAGAGAGCUAACAUCAACAUGGUGCUAAUCUGACUUUUUAGUGUACUAGUUACUACCCACAGCCAUAUGACCUGCUUCACAAUGUACAUUUACGGCUCAUUGUUUGAUCAAUUUUUACAUUUCUGGAAUAUAUAACAUAAUAUAUGAUUUGAAAUACAGUGGAACCUUGGUUAGCGUCGUUCAUCCGGUGUAACUCUAACCAAAGCAGACUCUAACCAAAAUUUCCCCACAAGAAAUAAUGUAAACACAAUAAAUCUGCUCCAGAAAGCCAAAAAUGUUAACACAAAAUAUGUUUUUAUACUUUUACAAUGAUAGUUUAAAAUGCAGAAAGGUUCCACUGCUAACUGCUAACUGCUAACAAGGAUGUUUUGUAAUAAAAACUUGGUGUAUAAACAACACAUCAAGACGCAGCGCCAUAUUGUAAGCUAACCAAAAAAAUCUACACAAUGAGUCAAAACUUUGGUAUAGAUUUGCAAUUUUGCUAAUAUUUAUCUAUACGCUAACCGAGGUUCCAUUGCGCUAGCAAGCUAAUAGCUUGCUUUUCUGAUAAAAUACAUUGAGAACAGAGUUGGACUCAUGCGGUAUAUUGUAACCGGAAAAUGUAUGCAAACCAAGGCAAAAUUUUGGAUGUUAACUGGGAAAAACUGCGCUAACCAGGACGUAGUGAUAAAAAGAAAUAAAACAAAAUUGGACUCAUUCAGCGUAUUAAUAUAUUAAUAUCGUCAUGUGGUAUGCUAACCAAAAAAUGUACGCAACUAAAGCGAAAUUUUCAAUGUUAACCAGGAAAAACAUGCUAACCAGGGUGGAUGCUAACCAUGAUUCCAUUGUAUUACAGUAAACAACAACAACACAACAACAAAUUAGUUUUGUCUCACUGGGUCCUCACCUUUUUCCCCAAAAAAGCUAUUAACAAAUGAAUUAUUUUGUACAUAUAUAUUUGCUGUGUAUGUGUCGUAUAGUUAUUCUAAGACUGAAGUACUAAUGUCUUUAGUAACGAGUAGUAAAGUGUAUGUUAACCAUAGCAUAGAGGAAGCGUAGCGAUACCAUUGGGUAGGAUUUGGACAAUGUCUGUGAUUGCGUCUAUUUUAGCGGUGAACACUUAAAGCGAUGACGUGCUGUGAUAUUUGGGAUUUAAACAUGACAACAUGCAAACUUGAACUAGGAAUGUGUGCUUAUUAUUAUUAUUUUUUGUUAUUGUUAUAUACCAUUUUGUCCUCAAAUGAGACAAAAUCUAUUUAUUAAAAGAAUUGUAGCACAUAUUAACAUGACAUUCUAUGUGCAUUGUGCCUCCCAUCAGUACCACCGAUUAUUUUUAAUUCAAGAUAUUUGCUUACAAUAUAGCACUAAUUUUUUAAAUAUUUUUUUUGGUGUGGUUUUAACAUAGAUUUUUUUUUUUUAUUUGGAAAUAAUGUACAGCAAUGUAGUAAUGUGCCUAGUUCAGCUAUAUGAUCAGUGAUGCACUGGCUUGUUUUGUCACGAUUCUGUCUCUUUAAAACCUGAUAAUUACAAUAAAGAUUCAGGGAAAUGGAUGGAAGCGGUUGCCUCUGCUACAUGCUACAUGAGAUGAAACAUGAUCAAAGUACCACCCUGUGUGUGAUGUUUUUAUUUGUGUACUUUAUGAAGCUGAUUUAAUAUUCACUAAUAAGCCUCUGUUGUUGUGCUUGUGUUUCCUUAUUAACUUACUCACUUCUAAUACUGCUUUUAAUUAAAUGUGUAAAUAAAUAAAAAAAA